AUGGCCAGCCUCAAGACCAUGACCCUCCACUCCCACGCGGGCGGCCCCAACCCGUGGAAGGUAGCCAUCAUCCUCGAGGAGCUCGGCCUCCCCUACGAGCACAAGUUUCUCGACUUCAAGCAAGUCAAAGAAGAGCCCUUCAUCUCGCUGAACCCCAAUGGACGGGUCCCCGUCCUCGAGGACCCCAACACCGGCAUCAGUCUCUGGGAGUCUGGCGCCAUAAUCGACUACCUCAUCGACACGUAUGACACCGCCAACAAGCUCCAGUACACCAGCACGCCCGAAAAGUACCAGACCCGCGUCUGGGAGCACUUCCAAAUGUCGGGCCAGGGCCCGUACUUUGGCCAGCUCAUCUGGUUCACGCGGUACCACCCCGAAAAGCUCCAGUCGGCAAUCGACCGCUACGCCAAGGAGGUUCGCCGCGUGACGGGCGUCAUCGACGCCCACCUGAAGAAGCAAAAGACCGAGUAUCUGGUCGGCGACAAGUUGACCUACGCCGAUCUCAUGUUUGUCCCGUGGGCCGUGGCGGUUUCCAGCAUGGCCGGCGACCUUUUGGACCUGUCGGGCUAUGACGCCUACGACGCCUGGUUUGCCAAGUUGAAGAGCCGGCCGUCGGCGGCCAAGAUCAUCAAGGAGAGGGAGGCGGCUCUCGCUGCCAGCCAUUAA